CUGUGUACAUUUCUCACUGUACGAACAGGAGGUUCUGGCUUCAAUGGCGAACUGCACGUAAUCUAAACCCUGGUUUCGUUUUUGACUCGUUCACUCUGCAACUCAACUCAGCUCAAUUACUCGCAAACCCUUCAUCACAUCAUUUUCUCGCGUUUCUCCGAGAAAAUACUGAAGAAGACGAUGAUUUUCUCGGCGAGAAACAUGGUGUUCUCGUUUCGUCUUCUCGCCGCCCUUUCGCUGUUACAGGUAUUAAUUUUUGCAUCUUUACUCGGAGCAGAGAAGACUGAUUCACAGUUCCUUUUGUUUCCCAAUGCCACGUCUGGGGAAAGGCAUUCCCCAGAAUACUGUGCAAUGUACGACAUCUGUGGGGAGCGCAGUGAUGGUAAAGUUUUGAAUUGUCCAUAUGGGACCCCUGCUGUGAAGCCUGAUGAGUUUCUUUCUGCAAAAAUCCAAAGCUUAUGUCCCAUGAUAAGUGGAAAUGUUUGCUGUACGGAGGCUCAGUUUGAUACUCUGCGGGCACAAGUUCAACAAGCAAUCCCUUUUCUUGUGGGCUGCCCAGCAUGCUUGAGGAACUUCUUAAAUCUUUUCUGUGAGCUUUCUUGCUCCCCGAAUCAAAGUCUGUUCAUCAAUGUGACUUCCAUCGCCAAGGGAAAUUGCAGUUCGACUGUGGAUGGCAUUGAUUUUUAUGUAAGUGAUGCUUUUGGGGAAGGGCUAUAUAACUCCUGCAAGGAUGUAAAGUUUGGGACUAUGAAUACACGGGCAAUACAAUUUAUUGGUGCAGGUGCUCGAAAUUUUAAAGAAUGGUUUGCAUUUAUUGGCCAGCAAGCUGACCUUGGAAUGCCUGGUUCACCUUAUGCUAUUAAUUUUAAGUCAAGACCUGAAUCAUCUGGAAUGGAGCUUAUGAAUGUGUCUAUUUAUUCAUGUGGUGACACUUCACUAGGAUGCUCUUGUGGUGAUUGCCCUUCAUCUCCAGUGUGUUCUGACUAUGAACCUCCUUCUCCACAACAAAAGGAUGCCUGCUCGAUUAGCCUUGGGUCUGUGAAGGUCAAAUGCAUUGAAUUUUCAUUGGCAAUCCUAUAUAUUGUGUUGGUUUCUGCAUUUUUCGGGUGGGGUUUGUUUCAUCGGACAAGAGAAAGGAGGAGGAUACCUGCAUCAAACAUGAAACCGUUGUUGAACUUUGAGGAUGAGAAGCUCACUACUCUGAAGGUGCAUGAGAUGGUUCCUCAAGAGACAAAUGUACAACUUUCUGCUGUUCAAGGAUACAUGUCGAGUUUCUACAGGCAAUAUGGAACAUGGGUUGCCAAAAAUCCCAGCCUUGUGCUGUGUAUGUCGUUGGCAGUUGUUCUUAUACUUUGUUUAGGUCUAAUCCGUUUCAAGGUGGAGACACGGCCUGAGAAGCUGUGGGUAGGUUCUGGGAGUCGGGCAGCAGAAGAGAAAAAUUUCUUUGACAGCCACCUAGCCCCUUUUUACAGAAUUGAACAGCUCAUAUUGGCCACCAUGCCAGAUAUCAAGAGUGGCAAGUCUUCCAGUAUUGUAUCAGAUGAUAAUAUCCAGUUACUAUUUGAAAUACAAAAGAAGGUAUUCGGACUUCGUGCAAAUUAUUCUGGCUCAGUGGUGUCUCUAACUGAUAUUUGUUUGAAGCCUAUGGGACAGGAUUGUGCUACUCAAAGUGUUCUGCAGUAUUUUAAAAUGGACCCUGAAAAUUAUUAUGGCUAUGGAGGAGUUCAACAUGUUGAGUACUGCUUUCAGCAUUACACUACUGCAGACACUUGCAUGAGUGCUUUUAAGGCUCCACUUGAUCCAAGCACUGCCCUGGGGGGAUUUUCUGGGAACAAUUAUACUGAGGCUUCUGCAUUUAUUGUGACCUACCCAGUAAAUAAUGCAAUUGGUGGAGCAGGCAAUGAAAAUGGGAAAGCUGUGGCUUGGGAGAAGGCUUUUGUUCAGUUAGUGAAGGAUGAGCUGCUGUCAAUGGUGCAGUCUAGAAAUCUCACUCUUUCAUUUUCAUCUGAAAGCUCAAUUGAGGAAGAAUUGAAAAGAGAAAGUACAGCAGAUGUUAUAACAAUAUCAAUAAGCUAUCUUGUAAUGUUUGCGUACAUAUCAAUAACCUUGGGAGAUGUGUCUCAUUUAUCUUCUUUCUAUGUUUCAUCCAAGGUAUUGCUUGGUCUUUCAGGAGUUAUUGUUGUCAUGCUCUCUGUCCUUGGAUCUGUAGGAUUUUUCAGUGCCAUCGGAGUAAAAUCUACGUUAAUCAUAAUGGAAGUCAUUCCUUUCCUUGUUUUGGCUGUUGGAGUCGAUAACAUGUGUAUACUGGUACAUGCUGUGAAGCGACAAUCCUUAGAUUUGCCUCUAGAAGGACGAAUAAGUAAUGCACUUGUUGAAGUUGGUCCGUCCAUAACACUAGCUAGUUUGUCUGAAGUUUUGGCGUUUGCAGUUGGAAGUUUCAUUCCUAUGCCAGCAUGCCGUGUUUUCUCGAUGUUUGCAGCUUUGGCUGUUCUACUGGACUUCCUUCUGCAAGUUACUGCUUUUGUUGCCUUGAUAGUGUUUGACUUCAUGAGAGCUGAGGAUAACAGGAUCGACUGCUUCCCAUGUAUAAAAAUUCCAUCAUCUUCUGUGGAAUCUGAUGAAGGCAUCAAUCAGAGAAAGCCAGGAGGAUUGCUGGCUUGGUAUAUGCAGGAAGUUCAUGCUCCCAUUCUUGGUAUUUGGGGAGUUAAAAUAUUCGUCAUUGCUGCUUUUUUUGCUUUCACAUUAGCAAGCAUUGCAUUGUGUACAAGAAUUGAACCUGGUUUAGAGCAACAAAUUGUCCUUCCUCGGGAUUCAUAUCUUCAGGGAUAUUUCAAUAAUGUUUCAGAGUAUCUCAGAAUUGGACCUCCAUUAUACUUUGUUGUUAAAGACUAUAAUUACAGCUCGGAUUCCAGACAUACAAAUCAGUUGUGCUCCAUCAACCAGUGUGACUCAAACUCUCUUUUGAACGAGAUAUCAAGAGCAUCUUUGGUGCCAGAAUCAAGCUACAUCGCUAAGCCAGCUGCCUCCUGGCUUGAUGACUUUUUAGUAUGGAUGUCACCAGAAGCCUUUGGUUGCUGUAGAAAGUUUGUAAAUGGUAGUUAUUGCCCACCAGAUGAUCAGCCUCCUUGCUGUUCUCCUGAUGAAGGUUAUUGUGACCUAGGAGGGGUGUGCAAAGACUGUACAACGUGCUUCCGUCACUCAGAUUUGAAUAGUGGCCGGCCAUCUACAGAACAAUUCAGGGAGAAGCUUCCAUGGUUCCUUAAUGCAUUGCCCUCUGCUGAUUGUGCAAAGGGUGGCCAUGGAGCUUAUACUAGCAGUGUUGAUCUGAAUGGUUAUGAAAGCAGUGUUAUACAAGCAUCAGAGUUCCGUACAUAUCACACACCACUAAACAAACAGGUUGACUACGUUAAUUCAAUGAGAGCUGCAAGAGAAUUCAGCUCAAGGGUUUCUGAUGCCUUGAAGAUCCAAAUCUUUCCAUAUUCAGUGUUCUACAUGUUCUUCGAGCAAUAUUUGGAUAUCUGGAGGACAGCUUUAAUCAACAUUGCUAUAGCACUUGGUGCUGUAUUUAUUGUUUGUCUAGUUAUCACUUCCAGUGUAUGGAGUUCAGCAAUUAUUUUACUUGUUUUGGCAAUGAUUAUUGUGGAUCUCAUGGGUGUGAUGGCAUGUCUGGAUAUCCAACUGAAUGCAGUCUCUGUUGUAAACCUUAUAAUGUCAAUUGGGAUUGCUGUUGAGUUCUGUGUCCAUAUUUCACAUGCCUUUUCGGUAAGCCAAGGUGAUCGGAACCAACGAGCAAAGCUGGCUCUGGGUACCAUGGGAGCCUCUGUCUUCAGUGGAAUUACGCUUACAAAGUUAGUCGGGGUUAUUGUCCUCUGCUUCUCAAAAUCAGAAAUUUUUGUGGUUUAUUACUUCCAAAUGUAUCUGGCAUUGGUUCUUAUCGGUUUCUUGCAUGGGCUUGUAUUUUUACCGGUGAUACUAAGCAUGAUUGGUCCACCAUCAAUGCAUGUACCCAUAAAACAGCAAGAAGAUGAGCCCUCUUCUUCAGCAUUAUUGGGCUAAUUAGUUCAGCAGCAAAGCCUCUCUUUUGGGGCUAAAAUUCUGGUCUUUGUUCUCAUACUUAUUGUACAUUAUUACAGUAAUAGUUGCAUAGACAGUGAGUCAUGAACAUUUGUCACUUGAAUCAGCCUCAGUUGGAGUCUUUCCAGUAUUUAAGUAGAGUAAGAUAGAGGGGUGGAGUCAUAUCACUUAGGGUUUGAUACAAGUCUGGGACAGGACAAUCACAGUGAUCCAUAUUUGCAUCAGAGAUUUAUUUUUAUGUAUGUUUUAAAAGAGACUACAGAAUACACUACUGUAUAUUCUAUGAUUUUUAUUUUUUUUUUCAUAAA